AAUAAUUUGAGAAGGAUUGCCCUUAGGGAUUGCGUGAGAGGGAGCGAGAAGGCGGCCUUGGAUUGCUUGUGAUCGAUCGAUCGACCAUGGCGGCGAGCAUCUUCAAGCAGGAGCACCCACUCGAGAAGAGGCAGAAGGAGGCGGCAAGGAUCAAAGAGAAGUACCCCGAUCGAGUGCCCGUAAUUGUGGAGAGGGCCGCCAAGACCGACAUGGGCGAGAUCGAUAAGAAGAAGUACCUCGUCCCGGCUGAUUUAACCGUUGGCCAGUUCGUCUAUGUGAUCCGGAAGAGGAUCAAAGUGACUCCGGAGAAGGCAAUCUUCGUUUUCGUCAAGAACACGCUACCGCCGACUGCGGCAUUGAUAUCGACCAUCUACGAGGAGCACAAGGACGAGGAUGGAUUCCUCUACUUCACGUACAGCGGGGAGAAUACCUUCGGCCAAGAAGAACACUAGGCUAGAAGAAAUCCUCCUUGACACUGCAACGCUCAAGGGAGCUUCUUUCCUUUCUUUGUACAAAGCGAUUUCUUUGUUCAUACAGAUUUAUUAACCAGCAUAUUCCCAAAA